AUGGAUUCUAGUAUCCAGGUUGUGCUCUCGAACUACACCUGCGUCGCCGGAGGAACCUUGUCUGGCCGGGUCACCCUCAGCUUCCCCUUACUGCAGCAGGAGCAGAUUGAAGAAGUUCACCUCAAGUUCAGGGGCUCUGUAUACACGUAUAUCAGUCCUGCCCGGACAGAUUUGAACGAGACACGGGACGUGGAUAUAAUCCGUGACCAGAUCUCUGUGUGGUCUAGAGGGUCGGCUUAUCCUCCUCCGGACUCGCACACUCUCACAAUCCCAUUUUCAUUCAAUGUCCCGCGAGACAUCCCGCCUUCGUAUGAUUUCACUGCGCUAGAGUGUCGGGCGGUUGUACGAUAUGGCGUUGAGGCCGUCGGCGCUCGAAAGGGUGCGCUACGUUUGAACAAACGCGUAUUUGUUGCGGUUGUCGGGCUACCCGUGGAUCCUCCCGGUUCCCAGCUGAGGGCCAUAUUACAGGCUGGUUGGACAGGCGCAUGGAGUACGGAGGUUAAGCAUAAGCAGAUUCGAGCAGGCUUCUGGGGAGAGCAUGCUGAUGUCUCCGUAGAAUUCAAGUAUCCUGCCCUGCCGACAAUCCCGCUCUUUGCAUCGGUUCCCUUCGAGUUGAUUAUCGUCACUACAAGCAAGUCGUCUAAACGAACACCCGGUUCCGAGAGCAAGCCUAUCUGGCCCGCGCCCCCUACUCGACCUGAAGGUGUCCGCUUGGAGCUCAGACGCACAGCAUAUGUGCAGACGAGCCAUCUCACAUGGAAACAGCAUGACAGCCUAUCUUUGUUGGGAGAUCUUGGAGAGCCAGGCAAGGGACUGAACGUCCAGGUGCGACCCGCGGCCAAAGAGUGGCUGUCUAUCAACGGAACCAAGGGUAGAUGGAGGCAGCAGACGACAUUCUCGUCUAGCUUCAAUCUUGCAUGCCCUCCGUCGUUCAAGUUUCCUACGCUUAGCGUUGAAUACAACCUUACGGUCAUCGUCCCCUUCAGUGGAUUGAACAACACCUUGCGGCUCGAGAUACCCAUCACGGUAUCCUCCGGCAUAAUCCUGAGUCGUUCCCUAGAACUUCCGGACUACGACGCUCCGCCUACUAGUGCGCGGCCGGAGAACGCAGACUAUAUGUCACCUCCACCUACACUCGAAUUGCCUCCCUCAUACUGGAGUUCAGCGGAGUAA